AUGGCCGGCCAGCCGGACGCUUCACAGGAAGCGUUGUGGAACAUCAGGGGGCUCAGAGGAAGAGCGAAGGGGGAGCCGGACUUGCUGGAGAUUCUUACUCACUCCUUACAACACAUUGACUCACUCAACAGAUCACCCCAACCCAUUCCCAACCUCCCAAUCGUUGCACUGCCUGCACAUUCCCCUUUCUGUCUUCCCACCACGUCUGCAGAGUGGGUGCCAGCUCCCUCCCCCAGGGGUGGGAGUGAGGAGCUGGGGGACAGCCUCGACAAACCCCUGGAGAAUGAUGCGGAGGGUGUGUGGAGCCCUGACAUUGAACAGAGCUUCCAGGAGGCCCUGGCCAUCUACCCACCCUGUGGCCGCAGGAAAAUCAUCCUCUCUGAUGAGGGCAAGAUGUACGGACGAAAUGAAUUGAUAGCACGGUACAUCAAACUUCGCACUGGAAAGACGCGGACCAGGAAGCAGGUGUCUAGUCAUAUUCAGGUUCUAGCACGACGAAAGGCCAGGGAGAUCCAGGUGAAGCUGAAGGACCAGGCUGCCAAAGACAAGGCACUGCAGAGUAUGGCCACCAUGUCCUCAGCCCAGAUCAUCUCACCCACAGCCUUCCAGAACAAGAUGGCGCUCCAGGGCCUUUCUAGGCCGGCUUACCCCACAACUGGUGGGUUUUGGCAUGGGACACUCCCAGGACAGCCAGGAGGCCAUGAAGACAUUAAGCCCUUCUCCCAGCAGAGUUACGCCAUGCAAGCGUCCGGCCCGGCCCCCAUAACAGGUUAUGAAAGCACAGCAGGGCUGUCCAUGUCUCCCGGUGCCCCCCCUUGGCAGGGUAGAAGUAUUGCCAGCUCCAAGCUGCGAAUGCUGGAGUUCUCCGCCUUCCUGGAGCAACCUCAGGACCCAGAGACUUUCAACAAGCACCUGUUUGUGCACAUUGGCCAGUCCAACCCCAGCUACAGCGACCCCUAUCUGGAGUCGGUGGACAUCAGGCAGAUCUACGACAAGUUCCCAGAGAAGAAAGGAGGCCUAAAGGAGUUGUUUGACAAAGGGCCACACAACGCUUUCUUUCUUGUCAAGUUCUGGGCGGACCUCAGUAUAAACCUGCAGGAUGACAGCAGCUUCUUCUAUGGCGUUUCCAGUCAGUAUGAGAGCUCUGAGAACAUGAUUAUCACCUCAUCCACCAAGGUCUGCUCCUUUGGCAAGCAGGUGGUGGAGAAAGUAGAGACGGAGUAUGCACGUUUUGAGAACGGGCGCUACGUAUUUCGGAUCCACCGUUCCCCUUUAUGUGAAUACAUGAUCAACUUUAUCCACAAGCUAAAACACCUGCCGGAGAAGUACAUGAUGAACAGUGUACUGGAGAACUUCACUAUCCUACAGGUGGUGACUAACAGGGACACACUGGAGACCCUGCUGUGCAUAGCCUAUGUCUUCGAGGUGUCCACCAGUGAGCAUGGCGCACAGCAUCACAUCUACAGGCUAGUCAAAGACUGACACAGUCACCCAGUUGGAACUUACCUGCUCUAGACCUAUUGUAGCACCUCAGUGAGCAACAACACCAAACAAUGGACUACUUCCUCCGUAAGCUUAAAGCUGAAACUACACAACUCGGUCAGGAGCCCAGAAAGACACUGGCGUUGUCAGCGUGCACAGGAACACUACUACUGCUGAGGGAGAGGUGGAUUUAGAACUGUGGAAGCUGAAACAGGCUUUGUGUGAAAGUGGCGGGGAAAAAAAGAGGACCAUGAUACACUGUGGUCUCUAUACCAAAGGAGCCAAACCUAGCCAACAAGACCUGCAUGAGAAAGUUGUCAUUGGUGGUAUUUUUCAUCUCAUUUUACUAGUGCUUGUUUUUGAUUUAGAUUCUUAUACACACAUGCAUGUGCAGGGGAUGUUUGCUACAGAGAAGUUUGGCUGACUCAGGGUGCCACCUAGUGACUUAAAUAUGAAUAACAAUUGGAAAAAAAUAAUUGAAAGUAGGCUGGGAAUCCCUCUUUUGCACAUCCAUAAAAUAUCACUGUUUUUGGUGCCAAUCUUUUUGUGUUAUUUGAGCAUUUGAGUAAUUAUGUACAGAACCACAUCCAUCUCCUCUAAACAGUUGUGAAAAUAAGAGGCUAAAAUGAUUUAAAAGAGCUAUUGUAUUCACUUUGUUUGAUGUUUAAUGUUAAAUAUUCCUUGUAUUGUCUUACUGUUUUUGAUUGAAAAUGAUCUGGCUACAACAAAAGGCACAUAAUAACACUGCUAACUUGAACCAGAUGUGGAUCUGUAAGCUGAUUGCAGAGGUUGUCUGUAAGUGUAACUUGCCCUGAAGUGUCAGAUGAAAAUACAAGUGUUUCUUACAAAACUCUUCUCUGUUGCUGGGUUUUUACAUUCUGUAAAAUGUGUUGCCAGUCACUGUGACA